AUGGACAAUGGGAGCCAGGCGUUGAUAAAUGAAGUAGAGCAACUUUUAAGCAGAAUAAAUGAUUAUUUUAACGAAGACAGUGUCUCUUUAGCUAAGAAGUAUGUUUUACAGGAGAAUAAUAAUGGUUUUACGCUGUUAACGAAUAAUGAGGCUGAUAAAAAUGGGAAUAUUAAGAAUGUACGGGAAUCUAGAGGUGAUGCAAUUAUCAAGGGAAGAAUAGCAUCUGGAAUUAGAAAAGAUUUUUACUUGAAUUGGAUUAUUCGGAAUUACAAGUGUUUGCAUACCCAUCCGGAUUGUGAUAUUUGCUUGGUAACUGAUGAGUCAAGUGGCUCCAAGCUUAUGCAGAUUGACAAAUACGGUUUGAUCCUACGUCCUGUUUCAAUAUCGAAGAGUGAGUUGCGGUUGGUCAGAAGCAUGGGCAAGCUGGAUCCGAUUGCACUUCAGCACUGGAAAUACUGGGAAUUAAUGUUUUCAAAUGGGAAAGUGAUAGAUGAACUUCCUAAUACGAUCAACUGGAAUGGAAUUGAAUACAAAUGGCACGAGGGAUUAUACGUUGCGUCGAUUUCGCAGAAGAUCACCAGGAAUUAUGCCCAAUAUUGCAGGUACUUCAGCAGACUGGGCUACUGCACUAACAUAACAUGCAAGUUCUCACAUGAUCGAAUGUACUUGGGUCUAUGUGAUGUUACGAGCUCCACAGAUGAGGUGCCUGCAGCACACGAAUGUAGUUUGCAGCAUAGACCGAACGAAUACAACCUGCAGCACUGCACAAACUUUCUUUUCGGCAAAUGCAAGUUUCAGCUGGGCGCAGAAGUGGCACUAAAAAGCUCUGGAAGCAUAAUAGAAGCCUGCAAGUAUUCUCACACCGGGACUGCCAACAAAUUGUAUCCUAUCUGCAGAGCAUUUGCUCAUACAUCGUACUGUUUCAGAGGUUUCAAAUGCAAGUUUUUGCACAUAAAAGCAUGCCCGGACUACUAUUCCACUGCUAUAUGCUUUUUAGAAACCUGCAAACUGGCCCACAGCCUUGCUCCCGAAUCACUAAGAGACAAUAUGAUUCAUUUUGACGGUAUACCAUCUCAAGAUUACCUACUUCCACCGUGGAAUGAAGGUCUGGGCUCUCCUCCAGAACAAUGGCACGGUCUCCAACUAGAUAGUGAGGACCAUGGCCUAAUUACGUUGGCUACGAACAACAGUCACAAUCUCUCGCCAAUGUCAGCGGCUGGAUCAUAUAUGUCUACUGACGAGUCUGCACUCUCAGACGAAGAAACAGGAUCUGAAUUCAUCAAUGACGACUUUAUAAGAUUCUAA